AUGUUCGAGGAAAUUCUUGACUUUUGUAAACUUUACCCCUUAGCAAGAGCUGUACGCGCAGUCAAUAAAGCUUUCUGUUUGGAAUACCUUUGGAAGCAGGAUUAUGAAAAGGAAGAACAAAAUGGAUUUGCAAUAAUGCAACGCGAGAAGCGUCUAACAGAUGAAAGGGCAGCGAUUCUGAAGACAAAGCUGCAUGGCUGUUGGGGUGACGACGAACUGUGGCACGCUAAAUACUCCCAGGAACUUUACAGUGUCGAUGAGGCAUUGCUUCAAACGCGAAAUUUGUAUCAAGCUCACAAGCAAAAGAUGCAUCAACUAUUGCUGAGCAAAACAAGCCAUGCCUAUUAUAGGGACGUAUUGAUGGCUCGUAAGGUCCAGUAUGCUUUUAUCCUAGGACAUGAUAAGCCAUACAGUUGGCGGAAAACGAGAGACGCUUGUGCUCGGAGCAGGGGUUGCUGUGGUAGAGAGUGUGGGUGUUGUGAGAAGCCUUUGAAGGAUUACUAUAUUCUGUCUGGUUAUCUUUCGAAAGAAAGAACAAAGAUUGAACUGUACGGGCAUUGCACUGCUGAAUGUGGUUGUUGUAUUAAAUAUACUGGUGGUUAUACGCCACAUCCGCUGUUCAAGGAUUCAGAAGAUAGUCGGGAGAAGUGA